GCGCUCUCGGCUUCCUCUUCCGGCUCAGGAGCUGCUGCAACCGAAAGUGCUGUGUUUUGGGUUCUCCGCUGAGAUUGAUUCACCUUCACCUGUGCUAGCGCUAGUCGACCAGGUGGGAAACCAGACAGGCAGUAAAACAUGAACGGAAGAGUGGAUUAUUUGGUCACUGAGGAAGAGAUCAAUCUUACCAGAGGACCCUCAGGGCUGGGCUUCAACAUCGUCGGUGGGACAGAUCAGCAGUACAUCUCCAACGACAGUGGCAUCUACGUCAGCAGCAUCAAAGAGAAUGGGGCUGCGGCCCUGGAUGGGCGGCUCCAGGAGGGUGAUAAGAUCCUCUCGGUAAAUGGUCAAGACCUGAAGAACCUGCUGCACCAGGAUGCUGUAGAUCUCUUCCGGAACGCAGGCUACGCCGUGUCCCUGAGGGUGCAGCAUAGGUUACAGGUGCAAAAUGGGCCAAUAGGACAUCGAGGUGAAGGGGAUCCGAGCGGCAUUCCCGUGGCUAUGGUGCUGGUGCCACUCUUUGCCCUCAGCAUGGUAGCAGCCUGGGCCUUCAUGAGAUACCGGCAACAACUUUGAAAACCUUGCUUUCUUCCAGUGCUCCCAAUGAAGAGAACAUUUCUUCCUUCUCAUCCUCCUUCCCUGCCGUUCUCCCAUAUCUUUCCCUCUCUCUGCAUAGCUCACAGGUGAUUUAAAGAGACUGCUUCCCAACCAGAACCUUGCUGUUCAAAAUCUGCAAGUCCUAGUGUUCUCAUGGCAGAGUAAAGGCAUUGUUUGAAGGAAAGCUGAAGAAAAGACUUGCUUAGAACAAAUGAGGAGUUCUAUAUUUUACUAGGGCCACCAAUAGAAGUUUAGCUACAGCCCAAAGAGGGGAGGGUCUAGUCUUCCCAUCACCACUGGUGAUACAUACCUAUUGUCUCAGCGGGCAUGCCUCAAAGACCAGCUCUCUGAUAGAAGAGGUAGAGUGGAUUUUUUUCUUUUUAAUGAUCUUCCUUGAGAAGUUUUUGUGGCCUUUAUUUACCUUCUAACUACAUACUUGAGUGCCUAUAUCAAACAAAAUAUAAUGGGGAGAGCAUUUUUACUUAAAAAAUAUAUAUACAUACACACGUAUACACAUAUGCUUAUAUUAUAGUAUAACAGUGAUGCCUUACAGAGAGUUAAAGAGGCAGAAAGCUACUAUCCUGGUUUCUAGGUUUCUGAUGUAAGGAUGAUCUUAACUGGGAGUGAGAGAGUGAGCCGUACAGGAUGCCAAACCUGAAUCAUUGAGAGAGAGAGAGAGAGAAAGAGAAACCGUAACAACUAAUUUAAAAUCCUAGCAUUCUCAUUUCCUCUCAUAAUAGUUAAGGUGAUAGGAGAUAAAAUGCCAUAAUCCAGCUUUGCGCAAGUCAAUCUGUUCAAAACCUUUGAGAUUUAAAGGUAAAUCUUAACCAAUCUCUGGUCUGCCCUAGUGACUUUUGAUACCUCACAGUCCUACUAAGGGAUCAGCUGUAGUGAUGGGGCCAGACCAAGCCCGUGGAGAAGCUCUGUCAUGAGAAAAGACAGUGCCUCCAAGGUGCGACCUGAACCCCCUCGGGCCAUCACCAGCCUCUCAGCUCCUAGUACCAGACAAAGUCUGGGAGCAGGAGCUGCUCCCGGGCAGGAUGGGCAUAAAGUCAGCUUUGCUUCUGAUUCAGUUAAGUUUAGAGGGUUCAGAUUUAGUUUUUUUUUUAAAAGGUUCCAAACACUAGUUACGGCUUUUAAUGAAUAAACUAUUUUCCAGGGAAGGGGAAGAAAAGAGGUCUGUUUGUUUUAGGGGGCAGGGAAGUUUCACAGGGAACUGUUGAGAGAAGGAUACAGAUUAAUGGAUGCUGGGAAAUACUAAGAUUAAUAAUGAGGUGGGAGCUGUCCUGUUUUGGAGGUAUUGGAGGUUGGUUUUAAAGCACUAAAGAAAGCUGAACCAAGGCUAAUUUCCUGGCUUUAAGAAAAUCAUUUCCGCCUUCCAAAUAUGCCGGCUAGACUACAGGCCUUAUAAUCUUGACAAGAGUACAAGGACCUUCCCUUAGGCAACCGGUUGUGUCUAAUUUUUAGCACGGAUGGUCUAGCAAGUGUUUUACAAAUGUUGAUUGGACAUUAGCGUUGUUAAGACACCUCUACAAAGAAGUAAAUACACACAGCUUCCAUUCUAAAGGGAUUUUUGGUUCCAGUUGGGAAGAGAACACAUAUACACAUAAAAAUGAAAUUAGCUGCAUAGGCGGGGCAAUGGAAGUAGGUGUCAAAUAUAUAUUGCAGGCACCUAAAGGGAGCAGUUAACUGAGAAUUGAAACACGAGAAACACUUCCUGGGGGAAGGGCACAAGUGAAGGACCUUGAGUAGCUCACAGUCUAGUUAUGAGAAUUCUUAAGUGGAUGAGAACUUAAAAGUAUACAUCAUCAAGUUAAGUAGCAGUUGAAAACAAUAAUAAAAGAAAUGGUUCUAUUCACAACACAAUACAGCAAAAAAAAAAAGAUCUGCAGACAGUCAUGACAUUUUUCUAAGGUAUUUGGAGAAUACCUUAGAAAGUUGUCACCUAAUGACAUGAGGUCAGAGUGGAAAGGGAUCUCUUUCAAAAAGGGAUAAAAAUCCCUUUUUACUGAGAUUUUUGCUGGGAUUUUACUGAAAUAAAAAUCCCAGUAAGAUUUUGCCUCUGGGUCAAACAGUCCUAUAGGGAGAAACUUGCUUUGGACAACACUGAUACGACUUACACCUUUAAACCUGCCUGAACUGUUCAUUACCUUUGAGACUCACUUAGACAAUUGCACUUGUAUGUUCCACAGAGAAACACUGACAGUAUUCCAGUUGUCACCUCAACCUGCCCCGCUGUGGAGGCACAGCCCCCGGGACCCUCCCUGUGUCUGGCGGUGUGAGCUGCCAUCACAGUGGGCCUGCUUGCCGCCUGGACUCAGGGUUUGGACAGUAACUCUUGGAAGGACCUGAAACAUACAUACAAAAUGAAACAAAAUGGCAAGCAGGAAGGAAAGCUAGUUUUAGUUUUUUAUUUGUUGGUAUAUGUAAAUAAAGAACACAUAUCCCACCAUUGGUAGAAGUUUUGCUUUGAUGAUAGGGAUUCUGAUGCACUUUAAAAAUUUAGGGUUUCUCUGGAUUUAAAUAGCAAUUAAAGAUCGAUAUAUUUAUGUUUUAGGCAGGUAUGCUAUUAUAUUUUUAUUUCUGAUUCUUAUCAUAGAUUAGAGUCCAUUGUGGGUCAUUAAAAAAAUCCAUGCUGUUUAUAAAUUGAGUCUAAUAUUCCUGCCACUGUUUAGAUUGUAUCUAAUUUUUUCUACCACCAAAAUACUGUGUUCAAAGCUUUAAAAAAAAUGAAUGUAUUUUUAAGACUGUGUACUUAAAAUACUUCUAUAUUUGCCUGUAUUAUACAUAUAAUCCUACUGAGACAUUGUUAGCUUCAGUCAUCUAUUUCCUUUUCCUGCCAGGUGUUCAGCUGUGCUCUUGGUGUAAUCAGUCACACCAUCUAACCAUGUACAAUGGAAAAGGGAAAUUAAUAUUUGUUAUUGCAUUCUGUGCCAGGUACUGUGCUAAAACCCUGAUUGAUAACACUAUUUGUUCAUGCCUCGCAGCUCUGAGAUCUAAGUAUUGUUAUAAAGACACUAACGAAGUAUAAAGUUACUUUUCUAAGAUUGCGUAAGUGGUAAUAAUAGAAUCAGAAUUUAAACUGAGGACUUCAGGUGCUAGCAUCAAUGAUAGUUCUUCACUGGCAGUGGUUCUUAAAGUGAGGCCUCUGGUUAAAAGCAUCCACACCACUCGGAAACUUGCUAAAAAAAAGCAGAUGCUUGUGCUUUAUCCCAGACCUACUGAAUCGGAAAUUAAGCAGGUCACCCUGCAAUCUGUUUUAAUAAUCCCUCCAGGUGACUGAUUCAGCUAAAGUUUGAGAAUCACUUCUUUAUGCCAACAAUUGUCCCCAUUUUCUCAGAUUAGAAUUACCUGGAGAGUUUGUAAAAAUCCUGAUGUCUGGGCUGCACUGAGGCCCAGCCAGUAGACUCUCUGGGUGUGGGGGUCAGGCCCCAUAAAACAAAGUUCAUCAGGUGACUAGUGUGCAGUGGCAGCAAAGAACGCUCGAUGGCACUUUACCUAGACGCCAUUUAAGUUACAUAUGGCAUUGCUCCGGCUAAAAAUGGGGAUUUCACUUGGGCCUUUUUAGAGGCCAGCUCCGUGAGCUUCUGCCACAAGUAGGGAUGUGGAAUAAGAAGUGGAACGUUCUUUGGCUUCUGAUUUGCUAAGGGCUGAUCAAUCUCCAGCAAAAUGUAUUAGUGUUUCAGACUGUGCCUCUGUUAAAUUAGAACCAACUGUAGAAUGUUGGAGCAAAAGGAACUAGAAAGAUUCAUCCUAGAGUCUUUUUCUAAAUGAGGAAGUCAAGGCUCAGAGGGGUGAGCUAACUUAACCCAGAUCACAGACUUGGUGUGUGUCAGAGGUGCUCUUUUUGUCUCAUCUUUAUAUCUUGAAUGUAUCCACUACAUGAACAUAUACACAACUACCCUGUUCAUUUCAAUCUACUUCCAUCUUCUCUCUUCUGGGUCUUCGAUAGAGACAAGAACUGGCUGACUGCUUAAGGGUGUUGCAAACCUCAUGCGUAAUUGGGAAAUGCCACACAAUCUGAGAAAGAGCUAAUGUCAAAUUCAAUUAAAUGAGUUCUUCUGAGACUAAUUCCAAUUGUUCUAGAGAUGUAUGUUUUUUGACAUCAGACACUGUUUUUAUUGUGUGAAUAAGCAACUUCAGAUAUUUGAAGAAAUGAAGUAACAUAAGGAACAUGAAGCUUUUAAGUAUGCGGAGGAGUGGAGUUGAUGUAUUUUCACGUGGAGCCAAUAAAGAUUUUAUUCUAGUCAA